AUGGAAGGAUGGGUGUGUCCGCCUGUCUGUCAGAAUAGGUCAGUACCGCAGCAGCAGACAGACACACACGUUGCAGCAGCAGCAGCAGAAGCAGCAGCAGCAGCAGAAGCAGCAACGACAGCAGCAGCAGCAGCAGCAGGAGCAAUAACAGCAGCAUUUGGUGAUAGUAUGAUGACGGAUUGA